AGAAGCCUCCAGGCUCUCCUAGAGAGCACCCGGAGCCCUGUCACCUCAAUCGGGACUUUGUUAUUGUGAAUAUCGGCGCGACCGGAGUCCCCGGGCCGGCCAGACCGGCUUCCCGGCGGCACCACCCCCCACUUCCACUCCGGGGCCUGACCGGCUGGGUAUUCCGGGAACAAGCCGGACCUGACAGGCCGCGCCAUGCCGCCACCCUGGGCCUGUGUGGACCUAGGUCCCUUUGCAAAAGUUCUCCUGGUUCUGGAUCCUCCCAGGAUGGGGCCUCUGAGGUCCAGCCCAGGGCCUGGGGGGCAGCGGCUGUUGCUGCCCUCCUUACUGCUCGCAUUGCUGCUCCUACUGGCUCCAUCUGCAGGCCAUACCACCCAGAUAAUAUACAAGGUGCAAGAGGAACAGCCGCCCAACACCCUCAUCGGGAGCCUUGCUGCUGACUACGGUUUUCCAGACGUGGGUCAUCUGUAUAAACUUGAGGUAGGUGCUCCGUACCUCCGAGUGGAUGGCAAGACUGGUGACAUUUUCACCACAGAGACCUCCAUUGACCGAGAGGGGCUCCGUGAAUGCCAGAACCAGAUCCCUGGGAAUCCCUGUAUCCUGGAGUUUGAGGUGUCUAUCACGGACCUCGUGCAGAACGGCAGCCCCCGGCUGUUAGAGGGUCGGAUCGAGGUGCAGGACAUUAAUGACAACACGCCCAACUUUGCCUCACCGGUCAUCACCCUGGCUAUCCCCGAGAACACCAACAUCGGCUCGCUCUUCCCCAUCCCACUGGCCACGGACCGAGACGCUGGCCCCAAUGGGGUGGCAUCUUAUGAGCUACAGGCUGGGCCCGAGGCCCAGGAGCUCUUCGGGCUGCAGGUGGCCGAGGACCAGGAAGAGAAGCAGCCACAGCUCAUUGUCAUGGGCAACCUGGACCGAGAGCGUUGGGACUCCUACGACCUCACCAUCAAGGUUCAGGAUGGUGGCAGUCCUCCCCGUGCCAGCAGCGCCCUGCUUCGUGUCACUGUGCUUGAUACAAACGACAAUGCCCCCAAGUUCGAGCGACCGACCUACGAAGCUGAGCUGUCUGAGAACAGUCCCAUUGGCCACUCGGUCAUCCAGGUGAAAGCCAAUGACUCGGACCAAGGUGCCAAUGCGGAGAUUGACUAUACCUUCCACCAGGCGCCCGAAGUGGUCAGGCGUCUCUUGCGACUAGACAGAAACACUGGACUCAUCACCGUUCAGGGCCCCGUGGACCGCGAGGAUCUAAGCACUCUGCGUUUCUCGGUGCUCGCCAAGGACCGAGGGGCCAACCCCAAGAGUGCCCGUGCCCAGGUAGUUGUGACUGUGAAAGACAUGAACGACAAUGCCCCCACCAUCGAGAUCCGAGGCAUCGGGCUGGUGACUCACCAAGACGGGAUGGCCAACAUAUCGGAGGACGUGGCCGAGGAGACCGCUGUGGCCUUGGUGCAGGUGUCCGACCGGGAUGAGGGAGAGAACGCGGCUGUCACCUGUGUGGUAGCAGGUGAUGUGCCCUUCCAGCUACGCCAGGCCAGCGAGACAGGCAGUGACAGCAAGAAGAAGUACUUCCUGCAGACCACCACGCCUCUCGACUACGAGAAAGUCAAAGACUAUACCAUUGAGAUCGUGGCUGUGGACUCCGGCAACCCCCCGCUCUCCAGCACCAACUCCCUCAAGGUGCAGGUGGUAGAUGUCAAUGACAACGCCCCCGUCUUCACCCAGAGCGUCACUGAAGUUGCCUUCCCGGAAAACAACAAGCCCGGGGAAGUGGUGGCCGAGGUCACCGCCAGUGACGCCGACUCUGGCUCGAACGCAGAGCUGGUGUACUCUCUGGAACCCGAGCCAGCGGCGCAAGGCCUCUUCACUAUCUCGCCCGAGAACGGAGAGAUCCGGGUGAAGACCUCGCUGGAUCGGGAACAGAGAGACAGCUAUGAGCUGAAGGUGGUGGCGGCCGACCGAGGCAGCCCCAGCCUUCAGGGCACAGCCACGGUCCUUGUCAAUGUGCUUGACUGCAAUGACAAUGACCCCAAAUUUAUGCUGAGUGGCUACAACUUCUCCGUGAUGGAGAACAUGCCAGCGCUGAGUCCAGUGGGCAUGGUGACUGUCAUUGACGGCGACAAGGGGGAGAAUGCCCGGGUGCAGCUCUCGGUAGAGCAGGACAAUGGUGACUUUGUUAUCCAGAACGGCACAGGCACCAUCCUAUCCAGUCUGAGCUUCGAUCGGGAGCAGCAGAGCACCUACACGUUCCAGCUGAAGGCGGUCGACGGUGGCGUGCCGCCUCGGUCGGCGUACGUUGGCGUCACCAUCAACGUGUUGGAUGAGAACGACAAUGCACCCUUUAUCACGGCCCCCUCCAACACGUCUCACCGACUGCUGACCCCGCAGACGCGUCUCGGUGAGACGGUCAGCCAGGUGACAGCGGAGGACAUUGACUCCGGCGUCAAUGCUGAGCUGAUCUAUAGCAUUGCCGGUGGCAACCCUUAUGGACUCUUCCAGAUUGGAUCGCACUCAGGUGCCAUCACCCUGGAGAAGGAGAUCGAGAGGCGCCACCACGGACUACACCGCCUUGUGGUGAAGGUCAGUGACCGUGGCAAGCCUCCUCGCUACGGCACAGCCUUGGUCCACCUUUACGUCAAUGAGACCUUAGCCAACCGCACCCUGCUGGAGAACCUGCUUGUCCACAGCUUGGACACGCCCCUGGAUAUUGACAUUGCCGGGGACCCGGAAUACGAGCGCUCCAAGCAGCGGGGCAACAUUCUCUUUGGUGUGGUGGCCGGCGUGGUGGCUGUGGCCUUACUCAUCGCGCUGGCGGUACUGGUGCGCUACUGCCGGCAGCGGGAGGCCAAGAGCGGGUACCAGGCUGGGAAGAAGGAGACCAAGGACCUAUACGCCCCCAAGCCCAGCGGCAAAGCUGCUAAGGGAAACAAGAGCAAGGGAAAGAAGAGCAAGUCCCCGAAGCCUGUGAAACCAGUGGAGGAUGAGGAUGAGGCUGGGCUGCAGAAGUCCCUCAAGUUCAACCUAAUGAGCGAUGCCCCCGGAGACAGUCCCCGAAUCCACCUGCCCCUCAACUACCCGCCAGGCAGCCCCGACCUGGGCCGCCAUUACCGCUCCAACUCCCCACUGCCUUCCAUCCAGCUGCAACCCCAGUCACCCUCGGCCUCCAAGAAGCACCAGGUGGUGCAGGACCUGCCGCCUGCAAACACGUUUGUGGGCACCGGGGACACCACGUCCACGGGCUCCGAGCAGUACUCCGACUACAGCUAUCGAACCAACCCCCCCAAAUACCCCAGCAAGCAGGUAGGCCAGCCCUUUCGGCUUAGCACACCCCAGCCCCCGCCCCACCCCUACCACGGGGCCAUCUGGACCGAGGUGUGGGAGUGAUAGAGCAGGUAGUGCGCCUGCCAUGAUCGACUAGAUCAUGUGCGAGCAUCCUGAGCUAGCCGUGGGAGGUGGGAACACUGAUCUGGGGGUGCUGAGGCCUCAACUAAGGGUCCUGCUGCCUUGCCCAGUUAGGGAGGGUUAGGCUGAGUGGAAACUGACUUGGGGUGGGGCUCUGUCCUCCCAGCUCCUCCCCACAGGGAGAAGCCUGGCUUGUCAGAUCCCAGGAUGCUGAACUAGCUCCCGGGUCUUUCAGGUGGAGCUGAUGGGCAGGUAAAUAGGUUUGGAGAUAGAAGGGAACAGGGGGAAAUGGGAGGAGACUGCUCCAAACAUGGGUCUCUGCUGGAGAUCAGCUCUAUAGGUGCUCCUUUGGAGGGGACACAGAAGACCUAGAAACUGGGUGGGAACUCUGCUAGAGAGGGGGGAACCUCCCCACUUGUGCCUUCUACAUGUACUGUGUGUUAACUUCUUCCUCAUCCCCAGGCCCCAGGGGCUGGCCCCAUGUCCCCUACCCCAGCCCUAUUCAUGUGGCCCUACAAUAAAGUUGUCUAUUUUUGGA